AUGCUGAAAAUAUUUAUGAACGGUUCUCUCUUUGGAAAACUGAUGAUUAUCAUCAACGUGAGAAAUAAACUUAUCACGUAUCUUAUUGGAGGACCUAAACUGUUUUGGGAAUUCGAUGGAAGUGCAGGGGCUACUCCAUCAACUCAAUCAGAGGGAAGUGCACCGUCAACUCAAAGAGAACGUUUCGCCGUUGGAGAUGUAUUACCUAAAUUUAAAGAUUGGGCGAUGCAAACAAAUAAUUUCCUUCUUUUGGGUAAUAGAAUCAUCAGUCACGCGGAGCAAAACAAGAUUUUGCAGGAAUAUACGAAGCUCAAUGAUUUCACAAAUAAACUAAAGGAGGAGCACCGAUGGACAGAUGAAAAAGAGACUGGAGAGAAAUGGCCAAAACCAGCUUCACCAUUAGCUGUUGAGAUUACAAGGAAGAAAGAAGAUGAUGAGAAGGAUGGGAAGAAGAAGCAACGUGAAGAUUAA